ACACGACUCGAUCAAUUCCGCGCUCAUUUAAAUCCAUGGUUCGCUACACGCCAAACCUCCAAACGUCCGUGGAAGAGGUAAAAAUGCAGCGCAGAGAUCACCGCACAUCAAAGGACAUUUCUCGCACACCGUCAGUCACGCCACGUUCAUCGACCCGAUCGUGUUCUUUCUGUGGAAGCACGACGUCGCGUACAACUUUUUGUACCGGCGUCCGACGACCGGCAUCCAGGUCCUGUUGUGGUACUUUGCUUCGACCGAGGUGCACAUUGUGCACGUGAUGCGCCGCCACUUUUGGUGGUACAACAUCGUGUGCUUCCCCGAGCACUUGCCGCGCGACCCCGUGACGAGCCACGCCGCGGCGUCCGUGUUUCUGUCGAGCCAUGACUUGAUCAUCAACGCCAACGACGUGCACGGCCACCUGGCGACCGGGGGCGACGUCGAGGUCGUCUGGUGGGACGGGUUCACGCACGGCGAGAUGCUGCUGCACCCGCACGCCCUCACGACGGUCACGUCCCAUGUCAAGUGCCGCAGCGUGAUGACCAAACCGCUCCAGCACGUCGCCAAGUGGACCGGGGCCGCCUACAUCGCGAACCGGCUCGAUUUGGCCGUCGCCCCUGUAGAGCCCAGUCGAAGCGACUAAGUCAGCCACAUCCCUAAUGACGACGCACACGAGUACAGUUUGC